AUGUUCAUUUUUCCGGCCUGUCUUGUAAAUGUGUCUCUACCUCUAGCGUUCUUGUCUUGCACGAAAGAGCAGUUCCGCUUUCUAUUGCGCACUCAAGCCAAGGAGCUAAAUAAGGGAAGACCACAGCGGAAACUAGCAGAUGGGUGGGUAGACAAGGCAGUCAAAGUAGGACUCGCUUGUUUCGUCCGUUCGGCUCGUACAGUUCUUGCUUUCAAGGCUCAGGUGGGCCGCUUAGGAGAUGGAACAGUAGCUAGAGCUGGUUCCGGAUCAGGCAACAGUGGUUUCAACCGGAGAAGGAGCAAUUAG